AUUGACUUCAAGAAUUGUUGUGGUCCCACGGAGGUGUCUAUUUGCAACACGGUACAGCGUCAUACCGUGGGGUAUCCUCUGUCCAUCGGCUCCCCGAUUCCGAAUGUGAACACUUAUGUACUCUCGCGUGACCCUUCGAGCACACAACCGAUCCCUAUCGGGGAGGUUGGCUGCAUGUGGGUCGGAGGCAUCGGAGUGAGCGGGGGCUAUCUCAACCUUCCUGAGAAGACAGCUGAGCGAUACCGGCCGGAUCCGUUUGUUGGUGGUGGCGCGAUGAUGUUCAACACGGGCGAUAUUGGGCGCUGGCGGUCUGAUGGACAAUUAGACCAUCUGGGGCGGGCGGAUGACCAGGUCAAAUUAAAGGGCUUCCGCAUCGAGCUGGAUGGUGUUGCUGCCGCUCUUGGAACACAUCCUGACGUCAAAAACUCUGUGGCCCUUCUUAUCAAUAGCGAGCUCUGGGGCUUCGUCACGCCGGCGACCGUCGAUCUCGCGAAAGUCCGUGACGCUGCUGCUCGCAUCCAGCCGUAUCAUUCUGUCCCCACCCAGUAUCUUGCCAUGGACGAGUUCCCGAUCACCAAGAAUGGCAAGGCCGACAAGCGCGCGUUGCUCGUGUUUGCCGAGGGCCAUCCCUGCGAAGGCGGGAAGCGAUACUCUGCUGCCAGUCGAAGCGGAUCUUCUUCUCCUUGAGCGCGCCUUCUUCAUCCAUUCCUUCAUUCAUUUAUUCUUGGAUUAUGGGCUUGGACUGCUCUCGUUCUAAGUAUAUUUCAAUAACGUACAUCAUGUCGUCUGUACUAUGUACAUUUGUAGCUUAG